UCCCUCGCGGCUGCUUCCGGAAGAGCUAGAGAUCGAACCCGAGGUUCUCCUAGCGGAAACGGCGGGCACGGACACGCAGCGUUUAUCUACACUGACUAUCAUAGAGACAUUUUAUUUUUAGCCCCGUGAUUGGGGGCCGCGACACGACCGCCGUCCGCUUUUUCUUCUCGCUGCCUCUCCUCUAACGCUCUCCGCGCAAAAGUUCGACUUAAUUACCACGCCUUGCAUGGCCAGGGAGACGCACGCUUGCCAUAGACGUGAGCACAACCGGCCGAUAAAACGAUAAAAGGCUCUUGCUUCUCUCCUUUUUUUAACCGUAGAGUCGGUCGUCGACUGGCGGUGGAGACCGCGUCGAGAUAUAACAGCCGAAAAUCGUCCUGUUUCUGCGGCUACGGCGCAACGUUCGCGCCUCAUUAGGAAAGAGGUUAUGAUAAGCUUGUCCCCGGAGACGAGUGUCGAAUUUCGCGAGUGGUAUAUGGAGUCGAGCGCGCGCUCGUAAAAUGUAAUAUCGCGAGCUUUUUUCAUGCGCCCCGAGUGAGAGAAUAAAAAAUACGAAGAGAUCCAGAAUGGCACAAUCAUCGUAUGACAUAAACCAAGUUCCGCCGGAUGACGAAACACCCUCUGUUCAGCGCGAAACUGAGCACGCUAAACUUUAUUUACGAAAGUUUUGUCCCGAGGCCGGAGAUAGCCUCUACAAUCAUCUUAGCGAGGUACUGAGUAAAAUAAUAGCAGAGCGACCGCGAAAUACGCUCGCUUCGUUCGAAGAGUACAGCAAGAAAUUGCGAAAUGACAAAUUCCGUUCACAAACCGAUCGUCUGCGUGACCUGUAUGUGCCGCCACCGCAGUACGAAGAUGCCAGAAAGCUCAUCGACCUUUUUAACGUAAAAAUUGAUUUGUCGCUCGAUCAGGAUAAUCGAAGUUUAGAGGAGGAAAAUGAAGACGGCGACAAUCAAAAUUCAGCUCCGAAUUUGUUCGAUGACAUGUACUAUUUCGAACAAGUAGACAUAGGAUUACCGCGAUCGGAAGUAGUCUUGUUGAAUUUGAGUAUUCGAAAGUUAAUGGCUAAAGAAAAGCUCGAAGAUGUACGAUUUUGGGGAAAAAUUUUAGGACGGCCAAAGAAUUAUUAUAUUGCAGAGGCUACUUUAUCGGAAGAUGAGAUUGAAAGAAAAUUACAGGAGCUCGAGGAAAAGGAUUUGAAAAGCGAAGAAACAAAAAACGUUCAUGCCGAAGAGGAGGCAAAUGAGCAAGAAAAUGCCGAGAAGGAAGCUUUGGAAUCAGCAUUGGCAACUGAGGUGCCCGAGCUAACCGCAGAGAAUAAAGCAGGAUCAAUAGAAAAUGAUAGUCUUAAAUUAGUUUUUCCCGACAUUCCAAAAAAUACGUGGAAACCAACGCCAGAUGUAGCGCCUGAAAAACUUGGCACGGGAGUUAAUUCAAAGGUUUAUUACGUUUGCAAUUUCCCAGGGUUGGAUGACUGGACGGAAUUACCCACAGUGACUCCUCGACAAAUUGUUGUUGCUCGACAAAUAAUCUACUUAUUCACAGGAAAUUUGGAGACUCCGAUUCAAACGUUUCUACUGUUUCCCGGAAACGAAAAGAAUUAUCUACGAGCACAGAUUGCUCGCAUUGGCGCCGCCACGCACGUCUCUCCGAUUGGCUAUUUCACUUUCGGCGAUAGGGAAGAAGAGGAUGAAGAGAUCGAGGAGGACGAGGACGAGGAGGAGACGGAAGGGCGCGUAAUCGUGAAGAAUCGGCAUUACGAGCAGCCGCCGCUAAAGGAUCUGAUUGAUCCGUCAAUGUCGAGCUGGUGUCAUCACAGUCCGUACAUAUUGAGUCAGGGACGGCUAGAGUGGCUGGCACCCGGAAAAGUCAACAACGAAGACGAGGAGGAGGACGACGAGGAGGAGGGCGAUGAGGACGAGCAGGACGAGUCGGAGGAAGGGGUGAGCGAGAAGGGCGAGAGCGCGCGAGAGGAGGAGGGGAGGGACAAAGGAUUGGAGAAGGAAAUCGGACCACCUUUGUUGACGCCACUAUCGGAGGAUGCUUAUAACUCGGAUUCCGUGACACCGGCCUGGACGGCUCGACAGUCGUCUACACUCCAGCCGCAUAUAGCAGUAGCUCUCAUUCGGUCCAACGUUUGGCCGGGUGCGUUUGCCUUUUCCGCUAACAAGAAAUUCGCCAACUUGUAUAUCGGCUGGGGCCACAAGCAUCAUGCGUACAAUUACAGUCCGCCGGCGAUGCCGGCCAUGCAGGAGCAGCACGAGCCGAUCGGCUUGGAAAUCACGGAAAUUCAGGAGCCGAGCUUCGAAGAGGAGGAAGCUUAUCGGCUCGCCCACCUGCCUCCUCCUCCUCCAGCUAGCGACGACGCUGAAGAGCAGCGGGACGAGGAGGAAACCGACGAGGAGAGAGAUAGCGAGGAUUGAAAACUUUCGGAAUUAAUUAAGAAUUUUUUCUAGCGAUUUCCGCGUUCCUUGCAUACUUCAGCUCGAUUUUUGUCAGAUUCUUGGUAGUUUGAUCGUUUGUUCAUGAUGUGCUGAAAAUGAUGACAAUAAAAAAAAUACGAAAAAUUA